AUGGGCGGGGAAUUGCGAACUGUGAAGCUUGCGGGCCCAGAAGUGUCAGACACUGAUGUGGCUAAUUUGUGCAGAUGCGGGGCACUCACAACUGUGGAGCUGGAGAAGUGCGACAAUGUCACGGAUGUGAGCGCGUUGGCCGCCAUCCCGACGCUGGAGGAGCUGCGCAUCUCUGACUGCAGGAGGCUGCGAUGCUUCGGGCCGUUGGGGCAAACACAAACAGCGCUGCGAAAAUUGGUCGUGGCAAGGACGCCCGUGACCGGGGCGAAAGUGCGUGAUCUGAUGGAGUUGAAGGGCCUGCAACUUGUCGUGGAAAAUGGCGGAGGGUUGCUGUCGUCGGUACGGCCUUCUGAGUCCCUCGUGAAGACGUCUAUUGAAAUGAUUCGCGAAGUGGUGGGGCGGUUUAAGCCAGAGGAGGUCGGUGUUGCCUUCAACGGCGGCAAAGAUUCCGUUGUCAUGAUGGACCUCCUUGACUGUGCGUUGGGCCAUGCAAUGCUGUCGAAGUUCUGCGUGUUUGUUCUUGGGUCCCCGGGGAAGGAGGAGUUUGAUGAACUAAAUGCCUUCAGGGAGGCUUAUUUGGCGGAUCGUGGCUUGACUGAAGCAAAGACUGAUCGCUCGCAGCCGAUGAAAGACGGUCUCGCGCAACUGAAGGAGUCGAGGGGGAUCUCUCUUGUUUUCAUGGGCACGCGCAGUAGUGACAGCGCGCACCAGAAGGAGAGCGUGGAGCCCACCACUGCGGGGUGGCCGGCGAUGCUGCGCGCGAGUCCGGUGUUCGACUGGGGGUAUGAGGAUAUCUGGGGGUACACCCUCGCCUACAAGCUUCCUUUCUGUGACCUGUACAAGAAGGGAUACACGUCCCUCGGCUACCGAGGGGCAACCAUCCCGAACUCCCUUUUGCUCCGCAGCGACGGCACGUUUCGCCCUGCCUGGGAACUAAGUGACGCUGUGGAGGAGAGAAGUGGACGCCUGGUGAGGGCAUAA